CGGUCGCUGGUCCUCUCUCUCUCUCUGCUUCUUUGUAGCUUCUCUCUCUUCCCGUGGAGUGAAAACCUUGGAUCGGAGUAGGAGGGAGAGAGAGGGCGAACAAAGAGGCGGAGAUGGUCGAGACGAGGCGGAGCUCAGCCGCUGCGGCUGCCGGGAAGCGCUGCCCCACCCCGCCGUCUCCGACAUCGGUGGUUUCCCCUAGCGCAAAGCGCUCAAAGGUGGAGGCAGGGUCACCGGCGCCAAGGGAGAAGGAACCGGUUGAUCUGGAGGAACCGUCGUUGGCUGCUCAAGAUGAUGGCGUUGUUGCCAAGUCGACCUCGCCUGAUAUUUCCCUGACGGUGGAGAUGGAGGUGGAUGGCCCUAUUGGGUUGUCCGGCCAAGGACAUGUGGAGUGUUCACCGGAAUUAGAUCUGCCGACGAAAUAUAAGGGAGAAGAAGGGCCUCCAAGGACCGUUGCUUGGGGCAAGCUCGUAUCCCAGUUCUCUGAGAAUCCUUCCCGUUCAAUCUGCAGUAACCUAUUCACUGUUGGUCAUAGCAAAAAUUGUGAUCUGCAAUUGCGUGAUCCAUCUGUUGGCACAACCCUAUGUGUACUAAGGCAAACUAAGUGUGGUGGUGCAUCUGUUGCUUUACUUGAAACUGUUGGGGCAAAAGGAGUCAUACAAGUAAAUGGAAAGACUGUUGACAAAAAUUCCAUUAUUCUGAUUGGAGGAGAUGAAGUUGCUUUUAGUAGACCAGAAAAACAUAUUUAUAUUUUUCAGCAACUACCCAAGGAGAAACUGAAUACACCAACUUUACAUAAUUUUCAUAGUUCCUUAGAGACGAAGAUUGCUUCCAAAAAAGGACUUAAAUUUGAGAAAAGACCUGGAGACCAUUCAGCAGCUGCUGUAGUUUCAAUGCUAGCAUCUUUAUCAACCUUAAAGAAGGACCUAUCUGUUCAUCCUUCAUCUGCACCUAGUGAACCAAUGACUGACUUGGAGCUAAAUGCAAACACAUGCAAGCUCUUCGAGGAUCAAAGGGAGUCUGUCAAGGAUUUUGAGUUGCUGGCAAGUUUGUCAUCAACUAGAUCCCAGGUCUUUAAAGAUGGUCUGAAACGAGGGAUCAUUGAUGCUAGUGAUAUUGAAGUUUCCUUUGAUGAUUUUUCCUACUACCUGAGUGAGAAUACAAAGCAGCCUCUUGUUUCAUGUGCCUUUGUUCACCUGAAAUGCAAAGAGUUCUUGAAAUACACGAGUGAUAUUUCAUCUUUGAGCCAACGUGUACUACUAUCUGGUCCACCAGGAUCUGAAAUAUAUCAGGAAACUUUAGUAAAGGCACUUGCUAAAGAGUUUGAUGCUAGAGUGCUUAUAAUAGAUUGUCUCACACUACUUGGUGGACCAUCUUCGAAGGAUUCUGAGUCCUUUAAAGAAGUAAUAAAUUUGGAUAAACCAACUGAUAAGCAACAUGGUGCAUUGUCUGCUUGUUUCCAGCAUAGGAGGCCAACUUCUACUGUCAAGGCUGAUAUUGUGGAGUCAUCUGUUCUUGAUACGGAACCUUUACCAAAGCAGGAGACUUCAACUGCCUCACUAAAAUCCUGCCCUUUUAAAAAAGGUGAUAGAGUGAAGUACGUGGGUCCAUCACAACCAACCGAGGUUCCUCUGAUUCCAAGAGGUCCAAAUUAUGGCUUUCGUGGAAAAGUACUCCUUGCUUUUGAAGAAAAUAAAUCUGCGAAGGUUGGAGUUAGAUUUGAUAAGCAUAUUGCUGAGGGCAAUGACCUUGGUGGUCUUUGUGAAGAACACCAUGGUUUCUUUUGUGCUGCGGACUCUCUUCGCCCAGAUACUUCUACGCGAGAAGAUACAGGAAGACCUGCACUAAAUGAGUUAUUUGAGUUUGUAUCUGAGGAAUGUCAACAUGGUCCUCUAAUAGUGUUUUUUAAAGACAUUGAGAAAUCUGUGGCUGGAGGUACCGAUUCAUACCUCACGAUGAAGAGUAAGAUUGAUUCCUUGCCAGCAGGCAUUCUUGUUAUCUGCUCCAAUACUCAGUUGGACAGCCGCAAAGAGAAGUCACACCCUGGUGGUCUUCUUUUUACAAAAUUUGGAGGCAACCAAACUGCACUGCUUGAUUUUGCUUUGCCGGAUUGCUUCAGUAGGUUGCACGAGAGAAGCAAAGAAAGUUCCAAAACAAUGAAGCAGCUUGCAAAACUUUUCCCAAAUAAGAUUAUUAUCCAGCCACCUCAGGAUGAAGGGCAAGUUGCAGAAUGGAAAAGGAAGUUUGAUAGUGAUGUUGAAACGCUUAAAGCUAAAUCCAAUGCUCUAAACAUUCGUUCUUUCCUAAAUCGCAUUGGAUUUGAGUGCAACAAUCUUGAAAAUAUAUGCAUAAAGGAUCAAACACUUUCAAGUGAAAGUGUCGAUAAAGUAAUUGGUUUUGCUCUUAGUCACCACCUUAAGAACAACACAUCUGAAGCAUCUGGAGAAAAAACUAAACUCAUUCUUUCAAGUGAAAGCAUCACGCACGGUCUGCAAAUGCUGCAAAACUUCCAAAGUGAUUCCAAGAGUACAAAAAAAUCACUGAAGGAUGUGGCUACUGAGAAUGAAUUUGAGAAACGGCUUAUAUCUGACGUCAUUCCUCCUGAUGAUAUUGGAGUCACAUUUGAUGAUAUAGGAGCCUUAGAAAAUGUUAAGGACACAUUAAAAGAGUUGGUGAUGCUUCCAUUGCAAAGGCCAGAAUUGUUCUGUAAAGGACAAUUGACAAAGCCAUGUAAAGGGAUACUGCUCUUUGGUCCUCCUGGUACGGGGAAAACAAUGCUUGCUAAAGCUGUUGCUACAGAAGCUGGUGCAAACUUCAUCAAUGUAUCAAUGUCAAGCAUUAGUUCGAAGUGGUUUGGCGAGGGGGAGAAGUACGUAAAAGCAGUCUUUUCACUAGCAAGUAAAAUUGCUCCUAGUGUUGUUUUCGUGGACGAGGUUGACAGCAUGUUGGGGAGGCGUGAAAAUCCUGGAGAACAUGAAGCCAUGCGGAAGAUGAAGAAUGAAUUUAUGGUCAACUGGGAUGGUUUACGCACUAAAGAUAAAGAACGUGUAUUGGUACUAGCUGCAACCAAUAGGCCUUUUGACCUUGAUGAGGCUGUGAUAAGGAGGCUUCCACGAAGAUUAAUGGUGAACUUGCCAGAUGCUGCCAAUAGAGAGAAGAUACUUAAAGUAAUAUUAACCAAGGAAGAUUUGGCACCAGAUGUUGAUACGGAAAUUCUAGCAAAUAUGACUGAUGGGUAUUCAGGAAGUGAUAUGAAGAAUCUUUGUGUUGCUGCUGCACAUUGCCCCAUUAGAGAAAUCCUGGAAAAGGAGAGGAAGGAGAGAGAGAAAGCAUUAGCAGAGGACAGACCUUUACCACUCUUGCAUGGUAGUAAUGACAUCCGUCCUAUAAACAUGGAUGACUUUAAAUAUGCACAUGAACAGGUUUGCGCUAGUGUUUCAUCUGAAUCCUCAAGUAUGAGUGAGCUUCUUCAGUGGAAUGAGCUGUAUGGGGAAGGUGGUUCUAGGAAGAAAAAGGCGCUCAGCUAUUUCAUGUAGCAGAUAUCUAUCUUGUACAGCUCCUUUUUAAAGCUCUUCCGCAGAAAAUCUGAGGAUUGGCGAUCAUUACUGGCGGCACUUCUUUUCAGGUUCUUAUGUAACAUAUGCAUGCCGAGUCAUAUUUAAUGUUAAAUUAUAUUCGAAUUUAGUUUAAUUUUAGAUGGAGCAACCUACUUAAUGGAAUCUAUUUCCAUGGGUACUCGAUACAAUCCCUUGAAAAGUGGAUAAACUUUUGGUACAAGGAAUUCUCUUUCUAAUUUAUUCUCUUGUUAUUCAA